AUGAGACGAACAAUUCGUGAUUUACUCGAACCUCAUUGUGAUGUUCUUAUCAAAGAUGGAAAUAGUAAAUGUGUUUCAUCGGUUGUUAAAAAACGAUUGUACAAAAUGCAGGAUCAAGUGCACCGUUCUUCUCAUCCAACUAUGAAUGGUACUAGACCGAUGGCAAUCUUAUUUUUCUUCAUGGAUGGAUAUGUCGAUACGGUUCAAAUACAUCGACAAGCAAAGCGAGCAAUGAAAUCGCCAAGUAUUACUUCAGCAUCACAUAGUUUAAUCGCUAGCCCGCUAGAUCAAUUUCAACAGCUCACAGUUAAUGAUCGACCUAUUUCACCUACAGAUUAUACAAUAUCAGUAUCUUCACCCAUAUCUGUUACACAUUCACCAUUCAACGCGUUCCUUGGAUUUUCUAUGCCGCCUAAUCAUGAUGCAGCCGUAGUCAGUACUAGAAAUCAUCCAACAACGCAACUUUGCUUUUCUGAUUAUUCGAUAUGUAGCAAUGAAGAAGAGGAGCCACAAUGGUUAUGUCUGUUGCGAGAAAAACAGGAAAAAAUGUUAGCUUCUUGGGAGAAAAGAAUGGAAAAAAGGAGAGAAGAUAUGAUACAACGAUGGGAAAACAAAGUGAAGAAACAACGAGAAGAGUUGACCGAAAAAUUUCAGGAACAGAUCAACGAACAAAUGCGACUAAAUUUAAUAAAAAAUAAAGGAAAAAAAUCACCAACAAAUGGAAAAAAGGCAAUAAAGCGAAUUAUUAAAUAA